AUGUUGUCCUUCCUGUUUGUUCCUCUCAUCCUCGGAUCUCUGGCUCAAGCCGCGAGCGUUCCCGCGUGGCAAGCCCCGACAGCAGGAGAUGUGCGCUCUCCCUGCCCCAUUCUCAACGCGCUUGCCAACCACGGGCUCAUUAACCGGAACGGUAAAGACAUUACACCUGCGCAAUACACGGCUGGAUUGAAGACGAUUGGAUGCGAUCCUGUCUUGUGUGGAGCGCUGGCUCAAGCUGCUCUUAACGUUAUUCCGAACCGCAAGAAUGAAAAGGGUGAAUCUGUGUUUGGAUUGGAUGAUUUGAGAACGCAUUUGGGGAUUGAGCACGAUGCCAGUUUGACCAGAAACGACUAUGACCUGGACCCCAACCAUGACAACUACUCUCUCAACCGCACUCUCUAUGACCAACUUGUUUCAUUGAGGGACCCGCAAACCCAACGCCUUGACGCAACCUCGAUUGCACGGGCCCGCAAGAUCCGCCAAAAGGAUUCCAAGGACCGGAACCCCAAGGCAACGCUCGACAGGAAGCAGCUCGCACUUGCGCACGGCGAAGGAGCGGCGUUCCUGAUGAUCAUGGGACACCAGUACGGAUACUCUGUUCCUGUACCCUAUGCGAAAGGGUUCUUUGUGGACGAGAGGUUGCCGUUUGAAGAGGGAUGGGAGCCUAGUGCCAAACCGUUGAGCUUUAUGGAGUUGGGAUUGAAUGUGGGUGCCGUUAUUGAAAAGGAGCUUACCCUCAAGAAUUAGAGCGUCAUAGCAACCAUGAGAAGAAUAUAGAUAAUGAGAAUAUAGAAAAAAGAAAAGAAAUAGAUGGGUAGAAAUCAGUAAGAUAGCGAUAUAAAAAGUGUCUAUGAGUCUGUAAAACACACAAGAUCCCAUAUCACGUGAUAAAAUAAGCGAUCGUGGAGAGAGAGAGUAAGAGAGAAACGCUUGACUUCAAGAGAGAGUAAGAGAAAGAGAGAAGAAGAAGAAGAGAGUAAAUGAAUCAUAAUAUAUAAUAAUAAUCAAUUCAACUGACUUUAACUCGCAUGAUUUCAUUCUCACAUUCACAUUCACAUUCACACACACACACUCUCUCUCCCAAUUGUAUGUAAUCUCUCUCUCUCUCUCUGUGUGUGUGUGAGUGUAUGAAUGAGAUUGUUCACGUUGUUUCUCUCUCUCUCUCUUUCUCUUUUUUUUUUCUUUCCUUCUCGUUCACACAC